CCGCGCAAAGCUGCGCGUAUAAAGAGGUCUGCGGCCAGCGCUGGGCAGCUCCGGGCUUCGCAGGGGGUAUCCUCGCUUAGUCGGUUGCGUACGUGACCACUACCUGCCUGGACACCACGAAGAUGGCACCUGUUGGGGGCAAAAGUGCCAAGAGGGGCAUCCUAGAACGUUUAAAUGCCGGAGAGGUUGUGAUUGGAGAUGGAGGGUUUGUCUUUGCACUGGAGAAGAGGGGCUAUGUAAAAGCAGGUCCCUGGACCCCAGAAGCCGCUGUGGAGCACCCAGAAGCAGUUCGCCAGCUGCAUCGGGAGUUCCUGAGAGCUGGAUCGAAUGUCAUGCAGACGUUCACCUUCUACGCCAGUGAAGACAAGCUGGAGAACAGGGGCAACUAUGUUCUAGAGAAGAUAUCUGGCCAGAAAGUCAAUGAAGCUGCGUGUGACAUUGCCCGGCAAGUGGCUGACGAGGGAGAUGCUUUGGUGGCAGGAGGCGUGAGCCAGACACCAUCAUACCUCAGCUGCAAGAGUGAAACUGAAGUUAAAAAAAUAUUUCAGCAACAGCUAGAGGUCUUUAUGAAGAAGAAUGUGGACUUCCUGAUUGCAGAGUACUUUGAACAUGUUGAAGAAGCUGUGUGGGCAGUUGAAGCUUUGAAAGUAUCUGGCAAACCAGUGGCAGCAACCAUGUGCAUUGGCCCAGAAGGAGAUCUGCAUGGAAUAUCCCCCGGGGAGUGUGCAGUGCGCCUGGUGAAAGCAGGAGCUUCCAUUGUCGGUGUGAACUGCCACUUUGACCCCACCAUUAGUUUGCAGACGGUGAAGCUCAUGAAAGAAGGCCUGGGGGCUGCGGGACUGAAAGCUCACCUGAUGAGCCAGCCCUUGGCCUACCACACUCCCGACUGCAACAAACAGGGCUUCAUUGACCUCCCAGAAUUCCCCUUUGGACUAGAGCCCAGAGUUGCCACCAGAUGGGAUAUUCAAAAGUAUGCCAGAGAGGCCUACAACCUGGGGGUCAGGUAUAUUGGCGGGUGCUGUGGAUUUGAGCCCUACCACAUCAGGGCAAUCGCAGAGGAGCUGGCCCCAGAAAGGGGAUUUUUGCCACCAGCUUCAGAAAAACAUGGCAGCUGGGGAAGUGGUUUGGACAUGCACACCAAACCUUGGAUUAGAGCAAGGGCCAGGAAGGAAUACUGGGAGAAUCUUCGCAUAGCCUCAGGCAGGCCGUACAACCCUUCAAUGUCAAAGCCAGAUGCCUGGGGAGUGACCAAAGGAACAGCCGAGCUGAUGCAGCAGAAAGAAGCCACAACUGAGCAGCAGCUGAAAGACCUUUUUGAGAAGCAGAAAAUCAGAUCUGCAGAGUAGCCUCUGUGGAACCUAUUUUUGGUGAAUCCCUUGAUGUUUGGGGAAAAUAGUUGAAAAGCAGUGCUUGUAUUAAUGUCAGCUUAUACAUUCAAUUGGUAUUAGCUGAAGGAAAUAGACUUAUAAAUAGCACUUGGCAAUUUUAAAAGUAUGUUUUAGAAAUUUAAUUAGAAGCAAAAUAAGCACAAAGUAAAUCUUAAACAGGUUUACUAAGCGCUGACCAAGUAAAAUGUAUUAUGGAAAUCACUGCAGCAAAGGAAAAGUAAUUCCAACAUUAAUCGCACUUGGAGAAGUUGGUAGGCUAGCAAGGAGGAUAGAACGAGAAUUGUCACAAAUGAUUCAACAACCAGCCAAGGACAGAUAAAGUGCUAUGGAAAGUAACCUCCAAGCUCUUCUGAACAUGACCCUUUGUAAGAAACACAAUUUAUAUAAUGACACAGGAAAACAUAGCACAUAACCAUUGAAAUUAAGAGUCAUCCAUUCUUGUGUUUUCUGUUCUAUUCUUUUCCAUUGUGUUCAUUACUAAAACAUGCUGGUUAAGACCCUUCAAAUUGAUUUUUAUGACCUAUUAAUAGGUUUUGACCCACAGUUUGGAAAACAUUGCUGUAGGACACUUAAGAUAUGGGGGCCAUCCUGUUUAAGUUUAUUCUUAUAAGAAGAUUAGGCAUAUGAGACCUGAUCAAUAAGUACCCAAAGCCCAGAGUCCUGCUCUCAGAGUUCUAUUUCCUGACCCAUUUCUAUGUUUAAGAAAUAUAGCCCAAUGAGGAGGAAGAAGAAGAGAUUGCUAUUUCAGUCCUCUCCGUCCUGGUCAAACUGGACCCAGCUACAGCCUCCAGUCCAUAAGGCUAAGAGAAUGAACUUGUGUUACUUUGGUAGCUUAAAAAAAAAGUAUAAUAAGAAAAAAUUAUGUUCUCCAAAGUCUAGCCAGUUUUCCUAGACUGGGAACUAUGAUAUUUUCACCAAUUUAAUAUCUGCUUUCCUGUAAGAGCUCAAGCCUAAAGAAUGCAAGACUUUUAGAAUAAGUACGGCCACCGUCAAUGUAUUAGAAAGAAGUGCAAGGUGCUUUGUAAAUCUUCUCAGAUUUGUUGAGCUAUUUUGAAAUUUAUAAUUUUUUUCGGCUAUUAAAAAUGAACAGUGAGAGACUC